GCCGCCGUGCUGCAUACAGGCUCGCCGGAGACAGCAGCAGCCGCAGCUUGACUGGCGGUCCAGUGCUGGUUUGCUAGCAUCGCAACUGUCAUGUCAGGGCACGUCUACAGCGAGAGAGUCCGCGCCGUCCCAUCCGGCACCACCGUCACCGCCUCGUAUCGUGUCCGCACCACCUCCCGUCGCCAAUCCGCCACCCGACCAAGUACCGCAGCCCGCGCAAGAAGACGGCGUCAGAUUGCGACGAGCGCACACUGUCGCGGUACGAGACUAUUUGAAAAGAGAAACGCAAACAUUCUUUGGAGUCCAGAGAGAUAAUGAGAGGGAACAAAGGAGACUGUGGUAUGAGAGGAGGAGGCGGCACGCGGCGAGAGCACUCGGCGAUCUCCGACUUGACCUCCCACCAGAUUAUCACCCUGAUGAUGACGAUAUUAGUAUGUACGGUGCGUCUGGCGCGGCGCCAAGGGAGGCGCGGGGGCGCGGGCGGGAGCGGCCCGACGUAUUACCCGCGCCUGCUCCCGCUGACACCGGGCCCGCACCGCCUCUGCCGCCUCUCCCGCCUCCCGGAAAGGACUCCGUGGCGAGGCUCACACUCACAGGACUUUCUUAUGUUGUUACGGCGGUGACGAGGAGGUCGCGGCAAUCGACGUCGGUGCAGUGGUCGCGCUCGUUCCGCGGCAGCGUGCCCCCCCAGGUCGAUGACGAUAUCGAUGACGUCUUCUUUGCCCCCGUUUCUAUGACGUCACCUAUCAACCAACACCAUCACGAUGAGGCCGACAUCGCUGAUGGGCCGAAAGGCGGUCGUUCGCCGGUGGUGUCUGGCGUGGAGUAUAGGCGGCCGGAGAGGAGCGUCUCGUGGGGCGCGGGCGCGGUGUGCGGCGCGGGGGGAGCGCGCAUACACACGCCCAUGCUCGAGCCGUUGGCAGACAACUCGAAUCGGAGGCAAUUUGGCAUGGGCAUUGUCGGCAGAUUUUUCCGACGUUCCUUACGUAAGUCAGUGACACACCAGGAGGAAAUAGCACAGCAACUAGAUGAGUUAACAGACUAUCGGCCGUACUUCACGUGGUGGGUGAGCACAGUACAGACGUUGGUGUUGCUGCUCUCGCUGCUCUGCUAUGGUUUUGGUCCAGUCGGCUUCGGCCGGCAUACUCACACCGGACAGGUCAUGGUUAAGAGCCUCAGCUUGCAACAGGUGGAGUGGGAGGAACCGGCGUCAUUCUGGUUGGGACCGAGGGCGGCAGAUCUCAUACAUUUAGGAGCUAAGUUUGCGCCGUGCAUGCGGCGAGACGCGAGGAUAGCGCGAGCGAUAGCGGCAUCUGCGAGGAGGGAGCGGGACACAGCGUGUUGCAUACGUAACGAUGAUUCCGGUUGCGUGCAGUCUUCUAAAGCUGAUUGUUCGAUAAGAGGAUUGGUAGCAAAGAAUACAAUAUCAACGUGGAAGAAGUGGUCAUCAGGAGAAUCUGGUCCAGGCGGUCGGAUAUCGGGAUCUGUUUGCGGAUUGGAUCCAAAAUUUUGCGAAGCUCCGAGAUCGAUAGCACCUCACGAAUGGCCGGACGAUAUAACAAAAUGGCCAAUCUGCCGCAAGUCUGUAGUAGAUGGGAGUUCACCGACAGGGCGAGCUGGGCACGCGGCGGAGCACAUGGCGUGCGAGGUCAUCGCGCACCCCUGCUGCAUCGGCGUCCAUGGCCAGUGUGUCAUCACCACAAGCGAGCAUUGCGACUUCAUCAAAGGAUACUUCCACGAAGAGGCAUCUUUGUGUUCACAGGUUUCGUGCCUCGAUGAUGUUUGUGGAAUGCUACCAUUCAUGCGAAGACGUCGACCAGACCAGUUGUAUCGUGCGUGGACUUCAUUGUUCGUGCACGCUGGAUUAUUACAUCUAGCUGCUACACUCGCUAUCCAAUGGCUAUUCAUGAGAGAUCUAGAGAAAAUGGCCGGUCCUGUAAGAAUCGCAGUGGUGUACUUGGGUAGUGGGGUAGCUGGAAAUAUGGCGUCUGCUAUUUUCGAACCUUAUCGAGCUGAGGUCGGUCCGGCGGGUUCUCAUUUCGGUCUUCUCGCGUGUUUAAUUGUGGAAGUGAUCGGUGCGUGGCCUUUGUUAAAGCAUCCUAAACGCGCUCUUAUGAAACUAGUCGGACUAGCAGUGGCGUUGUUCCUCCUCGGCUUAUUACCAUGGAUCGACAAUUUCGCGCAUGUGUUCGGUUUCGUAUUUGGUUUUCUUCUUUCGUAUGCGUUGUUACCGUUUAUAACAUUCGGUCCGUACGAAAGGCGGAGAAAGAUUAUAUUGGUAUGGGUGUGUUUAAUAUCAGCGUUGGGUAUGUUGUGUUCUUUGAUUGCGCUGUUCUACGCGGCGCCGGCGUACGAGUGCUCGGUGUGCGCGUACUUUACGUGUCUGCCGUUCGCGCCGGAUAUGUGCGCGUCGCAGGAUGUGCGCGUGCGGCAGCUGGACGGCGUAUGACGGCGCGCGGCCCGGGCGCCCCCGCCGCUGCCGCCCCCUUGCCCCGCGCACUGCCCGACCCGCAGCCGCCCUACACCCAGCCGCCGCGUUGCGCACUCAUAGUGCCACCUCUACAUUCUCUAAAGUACCAAAUUAAACGUAAAAACUUUAAUGAACAUUCUAAUGUCAUCUACAAGUUUAUCGUCUACAGUUUGGGGCAGAUGAAAAUCUUACAACUAGUGCAUCAGAAAGCUAUACCAGUUUCUAAGUACAUGAUUUGCUUAACCGAGAUAUCAAUGAAAAAACUUAAUACGUUAAUAUAGACUGUAAUUGAUGAGAAUGUAGAGUUAACAAGAACUGCCUUCGAUGUAACCAUCCUUUGAACACCACAGCAUUAUUGUGUGCUCUCUAUAAAAGCUCAAAUGCGUUCUGCGGAAAGGGGCGCUAUGUAAUUUUUUACUGCUUAAGCUAUUGUUUAAGGUUUUAUAAUUAUCAAAUUAGACUUAUAUCACUUAUGUGUACGCGAAUAAAUCAUUUAUUACUUUUAAUGGACCAUAGAGACUUAUUAUUGCAUAAUCGAACUCUUUGUCACGUUAUUUUACUCACUAUUUCUAGAUUUAUAGUCCCCCGCUUUCGGCGUCCGCAGAUUUAGGUUAUAAGCAUCUUAACUGAUUGUUAUACCACAUGUAUAUAUUGUAUGUAUGGGGUAUAGCGAUAAAUUGUUUAUUAUCUAGUAUGUAAUUGUGUUAAGGUGCUUUUAAAAUAAAUUUGAUGUGAAGUAACCCGUGAUGUUUGUGAUACCUGACUCUAGGCAUGUACUCUCGAGUACUUGCUUGAUCGAAUGCGACGAUAAUGUAAAUAUUGUGUAAAAUAUACACACUUAUGAUUCUUUAAUAAGCUGUAUGUAUGUACGUGUUAUUUGUCACAAUGUUUUUAUCUGCGGUGCCUUUACGGGAGUUGCGGUAUGCCACAAUUAUUCAGUUUUCUUUUUAUCAAGACUGAUGACAGUAACCAGCAAAAGUUUCCGUGUGUUUUUGUGGAAAAUUCAACUAUGCUUAGUGUUAUUUUUUUUUUCAAAAUGUUUUGAAUAAUUUUCUUUGUAUUUUACUUCAAUUUACGCAUUCAUUGUUUCCGUUGAUCGUUUGGACCUCUGCCUUAUAAAAAAAUAUUAAAACAUAUCUUCUUUGUGUAAACAUCGCUCUUUGUGUCUAAAACCUUAACAAUUUUCAGGAUUGCAUUGCAUCUUGCAUCUUAUAGUUCAGUAACGCACAAACUUUGAUAUUAUUUUAAGGCAAAUCUUUAUCAAGCAGCAAAUUAAAGAAUAGAAGAUAACGUGUUGAUAUGUUUUAAUUUCAAUUAUGGAAAAUCAUUUCGAACUAAACAAUUUUUUUUUGUAAAUUGUUUUUUUUGCUUUAAAAUCUUAAUUCAAAUUGUGAAAAAGAAUGCGACAAUUAGGAUAAAAAGUAUUUUUAUACAACGUCUUCAUUUUGUAAAUUCUCGAUUGUGACAUAAUUUCCCGUAGCCGCGGAGACAAAAACUACAUAAUUUAGUAUAUUACUAAAUAAUGUAAAUAGCGUGUACAAGUAAAUAAUAAAAUUGAUCAAUUUGGUUCAUUGUAUUAAAAGUAUUAAAUAGGAAAGUUGAUAAUGUUUUAAUUUUUGUCAAUUUAAAUAGUAUGGAGAAGUCUGUGUAGGUUUAACGAGUUAUUUUACAUAGUAUGCUAGUAAUAUUUUUGUCUAUAAAUAUAUAUUUUAGUUAACAUAUAAGACGAUGACUUUUAAUUUUUAUCGCUUAUUUGGAAUAAGGACUAUCUAAUACCUAAC